AAUAGUAUUUACCUUUAAAGAUGUCCGCUAAUAAUAGUAACAACAAGAGAAAUUAUGGCAACAUGUCCUCAGAGGAUAGACUAGGUGACAAUGCUCAGUAUUCAGGCACACCUCUUUUCCCUGCCUUUAUUAAUAACAGAGGCAGUAACAAUGCUGUUCAAAGGGAGUGUACAAGUGACUAUUAUUUGACGCAGCGAACAAGUCAAGAAAUAGCUAGAAUGAGGAUCAACCAACUUGUUGCUCAGUUGGAAAUCGUUACGAAAAGCUUUACUCAGCUUCAACAAGCUCAAGUAUCAUCCUCUACUUCUGAACAUGCUAUUGGCGAUCGAGAAGCUAUAAAAAAUCUUGAACAAGAACUUGAAAAUUGGCCAAUAAUUAAGCAAAAUGAUUACUCAAAGACCUUCAAAGAUGAGACUAAUAAGUCUACACAGGAUGCUCUACGUAGAUUUGCACAAUUAAAUUCUAUACAUUAUUCUGUGUCCAAGAUAACUUUAGACAGUAUACUGUCUAAUAUGUUUUAUAACAAGAAAAAAGAAUUGAAGUUGUCUGCUGAGAAAAAGGCAGAAAGAAAUGCUAAGCGUGCAGCUUACAACAGAAAGACUGCAAAACUUAGAAACAGAAAGUCUGUUAUUGAAGACAAUUCUAUUGACUUUAAUAGCAACAGAUAUCCUGGCCUUGAAAAGUUGAUGGUUGCUGGUUGGAUGUCUGAUGAAGAGGAAAUUGAGGACAAGGAUCCUACUGAUAAUGAAAUCAUUAAGUUCAAUGAUUUGAUGAAUGAACCUGACUUUGAGUAG